AUGGUUAGGAAAACCAAUCUUGAAAUCAUGUCAUUGAAUUCCAGAAUUGGAAUCCUUACGAAGGAGUUAAUGGACCUCCGUGAAUGUCCAAUCUAUGAUGAAGAAGGUGAUGUGUGUCAUGAUGAAGAAGGUCAUGUCUUUCAUGAUGAUGAAGGUGUACAUGUAGCUGUUGUUGUAGGUGAUGAUCAACACAAAUGGGAUGAAGGUUGUGUUGGCGGAGUUGAUUUACAUCCUUUAGGGGAUGAAGGAUGUGUUGGUGUAGGUCAUGAACACCCUUUAGUGGAUGAAGAACCAUCACCCAAACAUCACAAAGGUGUAAUAUCUGAGAAAGGUGGACCAUCCGACCCUCCUCCUUAUUAUAUUCCCGAUGAUGAUGGUGACAAUGAUGAAGAUGAAGACCAUCUUCCGUUGAGGAAGUUUGUUGGUGAUCCAGGCACGGAUGUGGAUGUUGACAAACUGUACAUUGCAGUUGGUGUUAAAGACCGANCUAAUAGGGUUGUGUGCGACAUCAUUGGGCAGUCUUUGAACACAACUUCUAUUCAGAGUUUAGGCCAUCGUGAUUAUAUUGAUAACAUGGUCGUGUUAUUUGCUAGUACAAUUUUUAUGCACUUUGAAAAAAGGUUGACGGGUGUGGUGAAGAGGGUUCACUUCAGUUCUUUAUAUGCGGACCAUAUUAUCCAUGAUUAUAAGAGGAAGGAAAAAAAUCAACAUGUGUUUAGACUUCAUAAUUACCAGAGCUAUNUGAGGUCUGACCGUUUUGGUCUUGCUGACAUUGCNAGCNCUGAGUUUGUGUUUAUGCCAUUUUGCCAUGAUUACCACUGGUGGUGUUACUGUUUGAACAUGAAAACAUUACAAAUAUCAGUGAUUGACUCCUUAAACAAGGCUGUGAGAGAUCGGAGGAGGAUUGACUUGUUUGUGCCUGAAGGUAGUAUUUCUGCUUUGCCUGUUGUAGAAUCAAACAUCCCAAGUCAACCGAACUUAUUUGAUUGUGGAGUGAUCAUGUUAAAGGCAAUGCAAAUUUGGGAUGGAGAAGACCGGUACAACGGCAAGAGCUUGCCACAAUACACAACUGAGUUGCGAGAAAUAAGAAAGAACUACGUGAAGGAGUGGAUUCUGGACGAAGACAACAUGGCAAGAAUGCAAGCCCUCCAUGUCUAUGGGUUUUUGGAAGAUUGUUGA